AUUAACUUGGUGUUUGUAGGUUUCUCACUUGCUUUUUCUGAUGGUAGCAGAGCAGCAGCUCAAGCAAAACAAUGACUGGUUUGAUUGCCUCGGGGGUGUGGCUUUUCCUGCUGACUGGUGUGAGUUACAGCUAUCCCACAAACGAAGAGCUUCACAGUAAUCCCAAGUCAAGCCCUGCUUCCAGGUCUGAGGACCAACUACCCAGUGCUACACUUGCAGAUGCAGUACUUGGUUCUUCAGCUGCCAUAAAACCUUUGCUCCAGUCUUUUCAAGACAUACAAUCUAGAAACACAAUGAGACCACUGUCUGCUCUUCAAAUCUCCACAACAUUUCCUGCACAUGUGGAAUAUGAUGGUCACUCUCUAGCAGCCUCCCCACAGUCAAGACUUCAAGCUUUUUCAGUUAAAGAUAAGUGGGCAGUUCAACCACCCGGUCCAUUUUAUGGCAGACCUUUAUCUACUGAUGACCUGAAGUCUGACUCCAGCCCACCUGGUCUCCACAAUGCAAACCCAAUGGGCUCAUUUCCUCCUGUUUUCCUGCCUGGCCGAAUAUCCUUUGAGGAGAAAUUGUACGAACAUGGUACCUACAAGUCUGAAUCAGAAAAAAGAGGCCCUUGGUUAAGAUAUGCUCCAUUUCAAACUCGUGGUAGACGUCAUAUCAGCAGACCUCUGACCUUACUCCAGCCUAUUGGCAGGCAUCCGUUUGGUUAUCGUAACUACGCUCGACUGCCAGCCCCAGUCUUCAACAGCUGGAACCCUUCUGUGUUUCUCAGAGUAUGAAGGGACAAUCCAAGCUAACAUGUUUAAAAUGAGUGAUCAUGUUUGUUGGAUCCACAGACUUUAACUUAAAGCCACAUCCCUGUCACAGAGCUAUGGAUGCAUACAGCUAUAGAUUUUUCUUUAUUCUUUUUUUAGGUGUAAAUUGUGGUUGAAGUUGUACUUAACAUUUUUUCCAGUCUUGUGAAAUGCUGGCCUUGUUUUGAGUGGUAAAAGUAGGCUUUUAAGUAGCAAUUUAUUUUUAGAGAACUUUAAGUACUUUUGAAGACCUGCAAGUGCAAAAUCAACUUUGAACUUUGUUUAUAUAUUUAAAAACAAAUCAAAAUUGUAUUUAAUUGGAAAAAGGCUUUUUGUGUMUGAGCACACUGGCUUGUCAUAACCGUACAGUCACAGGUGUUACAAUAAACUUUUCUUUUUUUAAUUACAUUCCAGUCAUGCCACUUAAAUUGCUUUCUGUUGUGUUGUGUGCAAAGUUCUUGCCAAGACUCGCUGAUUUCGUAUUGAGACUGAAUCGACAGCUUUGCAUCAUUAUGAUUCUACUGUAAAACAAAAUCUGUACUCUGAAGUUCUGGUGAACUUUUUUAAGAAUUUAGCGGCAUGAUUUGUUUAAUGUUUUUUAAACUUUGAAUAAUCUUAAUAGAAGUUAACAAAGCGGCUGUCUUUGCAAUGAUUUGCACUGAUUUUUGCGACUACUUGUCUAUAAAAUUUUUAGAGAAUUGUC